CCCUCGGCGCAGCGUGUGAUGUUGGACAUGGGAGAUAGGAAGGAAGUGAAAAUGCUGCCCAAGUCCUCUUUCAGCAUCAACAGCCUGGUGCCCGAAGCCGUGCAGAGCGACAACCACAGCGGCCACAGCCACCACAACAGCCACCAUCCGCACCACCACCACCACCACCACCACCACCACCCGCCGCCGCCGCAACAGCCCCAGCGCGCCGCCGCGGCCGAAGACGAGGACGAGGAGAAGGCGCCGUUGCUGCUGCCGCCGCCCGCCGCCGGCGCCCUGGAGGCGGCCAAGGCCGAGGCGCUGGCGGGGAAGGGCGAGGCGGGCUCGGCGGCGGCGGAGCUGGAGGAGAAGGAGAAGGCGGCCGAGGAGAAGAAGGGGGCGGCCGAGGGGGGCAAGGACGGGGAGGGCGGCAAGGAGGGAGAGAAGAAGAACGGCAAGUACGAGAAGCCACCGUUCAGCUACAACGCACUCAUCAUGAUGGCUAUCCGGCAGAGCCCCGAGAAGCGCCUGACGCUCAACGGCAUCUACGAGUUCAUCAUGAAGAACUUCCCAUACUACCGGGAGAACAAGCAGGGCUGGCAGAACUCCAUCCGCCACAACCUCUCUCUGAAUAAGUGCUUCGUCAAGGUGCCCCGCCACUACGACGACCCGGGCAAAGGGAACUACUGGAUGCUGGACCCGUCCAGCGACGACGUCUUCAUCGGAGGCACCACCGGCAAGCUGCGCCGGCGCUCCACCACUUCGCGGGCCAAGCUGGCCUUCAAGCGCGGCGCCCGCCUCACCUCCACCGGCCUCACCUUCAUGGACCGGGCGGGGUCCCUCUACUGGCCCAUGUCCCCCUUUCUGUCCCUGCACCACCCGCGGGCCAGCAGCACGCUGAGCUACAACGGGACUGCGUCCGCCUACCCCAGCCACCCCAUGCCCUACAGCUCGGUGUUGACUCAGAACUCCUUGGGGAACAAUCACUCCUUUUCCACGUCCAACGGGUUGAGCGUCGAUAGACUCGUCAACGGGGAGAUCCCCUACGCCACUCACCACCUCACGGCCGCCGCCCUGGCCGCCUCGGUGCCGUGUGGCUUGUCUGUCCCCUGCUCCGGCACCUACUCCCUAAACCCCUGCUCCGUGAACCUCCUGGCGGGACAGACGAGUUACUUUUUCCCCCACGUCCCUCACCCCUCAAUGACUUCUCAGAGCAGCACUUCGAUGACGGCCAGGGCCGCCUCUUCGUCCACAUCGCCGCAGGCACCCUCCACCCUGCCGUGCGAGUCCCUAAGACCCUCUUUGCCGAGUUUCACGACGGGACUGUCCGGAGGACUCUCCGAUUAUUUCACACAUCAAAAUCAGGGGUCUUCUUCCAACCCUUUAAUACAUUAACGUCCAUGGGAUCAGACUGUAAGUGAACAUUUUACACACGUUCGCGUUGUAAAUGAUGAUUGAAAAGAGGAAAAAAAGAAAAAAAAGAAAAAAAAGAAAAACAAAAAAGCCCAGGUAUUUUUUAUUAAGUCCCCCAUUUUCUGUACGUUUGUUCAGUCUUUAGGGUUGUUUAUUAUGCCACCAGGGUAAGGAGUGUCAGCGAGGUGCAAUGUGGGGAGAUUACAUUGUAGACUAUGGAGUUUGGAAGACAAAUUUCUAGUAGAAUGUGUAUCUAAUAGUGACUGCUUUCGCGAUUCCUAUUCUAACAUGAAAAGUCCAUCUCUAAAGCCGCCAGAUUCUCCAUGUUUGCAGUAUUAUAAGUUAUCAUGGAUAUGUCGGUGGGUGCAGACCUUGAAAAAAGCCACUAGAUUUAUGAAAACUAUAAAAAAGAAAGUGUAAUUUGUAUUUAAGCAGAUUCAUACUGAGAGAUGCCCAAAAACUA